AUGGAUGCAUAUUCCAUAAAAAACCACGAAAAAAAACAAUGGUUGACGAGUAUUCCGCAACUGAAAAUAGAAGCACUCCACGUCCAACUUCCAAACAAGCAACCAACUCUUUCACCCCCACCCAAUUGCUGUCGACGCUCUGACGCCGGAGACUCAACGAAAAUGGCAUCGAAACUUCCGUUUCUACACAUAACUCGCUCCCCGGCUCAAGUUCCGGAGCUCCAACACCCAAAUUACCGUUGCAGCCAAAAUCUCCAUUUUGCCCCAAGCUUAAGCAAUUCAUUUGCCCAAGACUCGUCUUUAUCAUCGUCAACCAGCUGGCCAUCUCUUUACAGAAGCCAAACUUUUCUUUCUCCUCAUUGGUUGCACCAAAACCCUAACGCUAAGCGACUCGUAACGGUCAAAUCUCAAUUGAACUUCCCUCUCAUUUCUCCCAACGACCAAUGGGGCACCUGGACUGCUCUCUUCGCCACCGGUGCCUUCGGUAUCUGGUCAGAGAACACAAAGGUUGGGAGUGCAUUGAGUGGUGCGCUGGUGAGUACUUUGAUUGGACUUGCUGCUAGUAAUUUGGGGAUAAUUUCUUGUGAAGCUAAAGCCUACUCAAUAGUGCUGGAGUUUUUGCUCCCAUUGGCCGUUCCCUUGUUGUUGUUUAGAGCAGAUUUGCGAUGUGUGAUUAAGUCAACAGGGAAACUUCUCCUAGCUUUCUUGCUGGGAUCAGUGGCGACAACAGUUGGUACAGCAUUGGCAUAUCUGGUAGUGCCGAUGAGAGCACUUGGCCAAGAUAGUUGGAAGAUUGCCGCUGCCCUUAUGGGUAGGCAUAUUGGCGGAGCCGUCAAUUAUGUUGCCAUUUCAAACGCCCUUGGAGUUUCUCCAUCUGUUUUAGCAGCUGGACUAGCUGCAGACAAUGUUAUCUGUGCAGUAUAUUUUACAACACUGUUUGCGUUGGCAUCAAAAGUACCCCCUGAGACGUCAACGUCACCUGCAGAUGUUGCAACGGGUGAUGGGUCUCAAUCUGGUGGCAAAAUUCCUGUCCUUGAGAUAGCUACAGCUCUUGCAGUAUCCUUUACCAUCUGCAAACUUGGAGCUUAUCUCACGAAAUAUUAUGGCAUUCAGGGAGGUAGCCUGCCUGCAGUUACAGCAAUUGUUGUUAUUCUGGCAACUGUAUUUCCUACCCAGUUUGGCCGUCUUGCACCAGCUGGGGAGGCUAUGGCUCUCAUUCUAAUGCAGGUAUUUUUCACUGUGGUGGGUGCAAGUGGAAACAUAUGGAAUGUCAUCAACACAGCACCCAGUAUAUUCAUGUUUGCUCUGGUUCAGAUUGCCAUCCAUCUGGCUUUAAUCCUGGGACUAGGGAAGCUAUUCCGAUUUGAUCUAAAGCUGUUGCUUAUAGCAUCAAAUGCUAACGUUGGAGGUCCUACAACAGCAUGUGGAAUGGCCACGGCCAAAGGUUGGAGUUCUAUGGUUGUUCCUGGUAUUCUUGCAGGCAUUUUUGGCAUUGCCAUUGCCACAUUUCUUGGCAUUGGCUUUGGAGCAACGGUUCUGAAAUACAUGUAAAACCUUCAAUUCCCGUAUUCCAGAAUUUGGCUCUGUUAUCUAUACUCUGUAAACUUGAAAUCAGUUCAGUCACAAACUGUUCUAACUUCAUACUAGAAUACUAGUGUAAGUCAGUUAAAUUAAUAAGAAUCGAAGGGGGAAAAACCAGAUAAAGAGCCAUUUGUUACAUUACUAUCAACUGAAUGAGCUGAAAGAAUGAGAAGAUUGUUUCUGCAACUUUAGGCCCAAAUAGCUGGAUCUGGCUUUCAGUGAUAAUUUCAUCUUCUUUUGUCAUCUUCCUUCUCCUCAUUAGCAUUCUAACUGGUACUAUGUGCACCCAAUUAACCAUAAUUCCGAUAAGAUAUACGCCCGUUCUGCAAGAGCAGCUCUAAACAUGUCGUUCAUAUGCAUCGCCAUAGCCAUGACAGCAACUGCUGCUUUUC